UAUGAGCCGGUUUGUUUACCGGGAUUUAGGCCCAGCGAUACGAAGGUAAUCAAUUAUUCAAACUCUCAAAAUAGAUGUCAGUUAAAGUCUCGGGGCUUCAAUGAAUCUCCCUGGGAUGAAUAACUUAAUAUUUUAUUAAAUGGUUUGUCUAAUUCCUUUCGAUGAUCUGUGCAUAUUUCGCCCACUACUGUUUUUAACGGCGUGAUGAAAGGUAGCCUUGUGAAAAAGAAAACCGCACUCCUAGUAAGGCCCAUUAGCAGUGGUGGUGUCAUGUGUUUUGACAACUAAGCAAUGAGUAUAGUCUAAGUGCGUCAAACCGCACAACCUGGAGACGUUGGCUGCAUAUGAAUAUUUGACUUACUCUGUCGAGUUCUAUCGAAGCUUUUUCCAACUCUCUGUCCGUGGCAUAUCGCGGUCAGUUAUAGGUUAACGCAGGGAUGGUAAGAUAUAUCUUGUGGUUAAAGAAUGGGGAGGUCUUCUAGCUUACCUUAAAACACCACAUUUAUCUUCUUUAUCAGAAGCUUCACCAAGACCGCACUGAAGUCUCUUUUUUUUUUUCGUUUCGGAAAUGUUUGGAAGUUAAAUGCUUAUCGAUUUCGAGGAGUAUUUGUAUGAAUUCAAAUAAGUAAAUGUCUUGCCCAAUACGGCGACUGUCAAACGUAGUGUUCGUUUAAUAUUUGCCAUUUGCGCCGAGGUUAGCUUUCCGAGAGCGCUCUACAAGCAUUUACACUGUACUCAUUGUUUAAUUUUUGACUCAUUUUCAUUGUGCUCUAAUAUGACAUUGUUUACUUCUUGCAGAUUAUGGCAGCGUUCAAGAGAUGGCGUUCGAAAUACAAGCGUUACAAGAGCCAAAUACCUGCGCAGAUGAGAAACAGGAUAAUCUUACAUUAUGGACUGUUUAAAAUAACCUGGGAUUGGGUGAUUCUUAUAAUGGUGCUCUACACAGCCAUAGAGGUGCCUUUCGUUUCCGCAUUUGUGUUAACACCAAAACCUGAUGACGAACAAUUUGGGGAUAAUGCAACAAGCAAAAGUAAGCUACCAAAUUUAAAUAUGAUGACUUGAGUGUUUCCCACAGAAUUAGAUCUCUAAGCCGUUACCUGUAAAGAAUUGUUUCAUUCCCCGACACUCGGAGAACCAAAUAUGGAGCUACGUCGAGCAUUGUGAGUGCGCAAACGAAAUCUUGUGAUGUGACAAUUCAUAUCGGAAACCUCCACACAAGCUGCAGUUUCACCUGCUAUUUACUCUUUUUUUGUAAAUUUUUGUAAAUAAAUAAAUGAGGCUUGAACGGGAUUUUAUAGACAGUUCAUUCUAAACAUUUUGAACUUGAAACUUAAGUCACGGUGACGCCUUCAAGUCGUCGAUCGAUUUUGUCUCGCCGACCGGUUUUACCCUGCUUGCCACUAGAGUUUCGUUAAUGAUACAAAUUUUCCUCCAAUUUUAUUCAGGGAAAUAUCUGUUGUAAACUAAACUGAAUACAUUAUGAAACAAUUGAUAGUUUUGCACCUUGAGAAACAAUUUUCAAUUGACAUUUCUUUUGCGUAUAAGCUCACCGUGACUCUAUUCCGUCCAGUUUCAGUUUGAAAGUCGGGUGUUAGUUCUUGUGUUUUGUUGUUGUCGGUUUGUCUUUUUUGCUAUAUACAGCGACUGAAAUGGGUUGGCAAGCAAGUAGACUCUCCGCGGAGUCGGGCUCUAUCUUUCCUAUAGUUAUCUUAUGUCAGUAGUGAAAGAUAAGGAGGCUGGAAGAGUACGCAGGGGUCGACGACUGUCUAGCUCAAAAAUGUUAAGCCGAUUCAGUAUGCUUUGCACUAAAUGGCAACAAUCUUGUGUAAAAUGUGCGGGGGAAAAAUAAAAUCGUUGUGGACCAUUCUUGAGACUGUAAUAUAAUCCUCGAUUUUUUGUGUUCGCUUACGACCACUAACUUGUAGGUAUCUUUCUAAAUUAGCGCCGCAUGUUUACUACCUAAAUUAUUCAUCCUCUGCCUUAAUACUAUUUACGUGAAUGGUAUCGCUGUGGGAUUUCAUCCAAAAACCUAAAACAAGAACCACCCACUCUUCACAGCACCACGGGGAAGGACUGAUCAGAGCUGAUCAGUGACCAUCAUUUGGUUGGUCAUACGACAAGAUUUUAUCUGCACUGACUCUAAGAUUAUAAACACACUGAACACACAUUAAGUCCGAAGUCAGAGCGAAGAAAGCUAUAUAUAGGAAGCUUAAUAAUUUGCGUGGACAUCCGGUUUUUUGAAUACAACCUCAAAAGAUAAGCUUUAAUUUUCGUCACAGUUUUAGCAAAAGAAUUGUGGUUCACAAUGAGGCAUUACUAUUUUAAACAAAAUGACAAGACUGUGAAAGAAUUAACAGAGAAAGGACUAUUUCAAAAGCGUUUUUAUAAAACGUGUUGUUUUAUGAAACGUUAAUCGUUGCAGGUGAAAAGUGUUUUAUUGUAGAAACUUAAUGAGUCGUCGUUAAUAACCGAUAUUCGUGACAUCUUUUUAAUCGUAGUUUUUAUUAGUUUUUGAUAAUAACUUUGCCGAAACUUGCUUGUGAAGCACUUGUUUUUUUUCAUUUUUACUUGGAAAUAAGAAAAGCUUUGUCAAAUUGGUUUCUGUUACAAUGAAAAAGGCUCGGUCAAAUAUCACUUAAAGCACUUUAUAGCACUAUUGUUUGUAUUUUAAUUACAAAUUUUUAACUAAGCAUGUGAAAAUUUUGUCGAAUAGCAACUUAAAGUUUUUUUGUUAACUUUCUUGGCAUAUCAUUUAAAAAAAAAACUGAUUUGACAUUUAAAAUAUGAAAAAAAUAUUAUAGCUAAUAACCUUCAUUUUAAGCAUGUAAGCUUACAAAAUAUUAUCAUAUACGUUGUGUGUUCCCCCUUUUAUGCGGUGUAAAUUUGCAUUAGGCAUUUAGAGAUAAACAGUCGCCCUUAGUUAUGAGCUCAUUACUAAAGCAUUUCCUUUGUCUCACAAUAGAGUUUUUCGACCCUUACUAGCCGCUACGCAUUUCACUUGAAAGUAGGAAAAGACGGUUAUAAGAUACAGUCAAUCUAUCUUAUCUAAAAUCUUGAUUUUAUUUUGAGCUGCCUAAUUACAACUGUUUUUAUAUAGUCAGGGCAUUGCCACCUGCGCCUGGCUCGGUACCCUUUACAAAAUGUUAAUGAAAUAAUGCCACACGCAAUAUGGCUUAAAACUUAAAGGUUUUAUCAUGCCUGAAAAUCGUGCCGUGUUGGGGUGAUUAUGGCUUCAAGAAAGGCGCUGUCAGGCCUCCGAAAAAAUAGAAACCUGACUGGCAUAAUCCUUCUUAUUAAUGAGUGACCCAUAUCGACCAGUCGUAUAUUUCACAACUAUUAACUGCUAUGGAGGGGGAGACCUUCUUAGAAAAGCGCGGGUGACGGGGGCGGGGAGGGUAAAGAUGUAGGGUGGCAGGAUUUUUUUGUUUUGUUUAGAUUAGGGGCAAGGGGAAGGGAUAUCCAAGGAAUACAGGUCCCCCCCUCCCCCUCUGUAUAGGAACCGAGGCACAGAUCACGUACAACAAAAGAAACUUACAAGAAAGCCAAACUAUGAAGCUCCUAUGAGAACUGUAUUGCUUUUGUGAUGACGGUACCUGCAGAAAUACCCGGAAUACAUCUUUGGGGGGUGGGGAGAGAAUAGAGACCCUAAGCAAAGACAUUUUUUGAGCGACGCACUUCAAGCGGAAGAGUGGGUUUUGUAUUCUUUGGCAGUUAGUUUUGCCCAAAUUUUCAGACAAUUCGUCUCUUUACGAUUGAAGAUGCUUGAACAAUAAAAUUGGGCAUUUUCAGGCAUAAGGGAAAUGGCCUUACUUUUGAGUGACGUGUGUCGCUCAAUAACGCAUUUGCUUUUACCGAAAUGAACUGAACUACCCACGUUUUUAAAAGAAGUUUUAUUCAAGGAAUGCCCUGCUUAACAACAUCGUACAAACCAGACAUUUCGAUGGUGAACCGUCUUGCUCAGUGGUUUAAAAGCGCUUACCAAGCGUGUUUUCAAAACCUGUAGAUCACAAAAUACUAGCCUGAGAAAACAGACAACAUUUUGCGACGCCACCAACGGUUUCCCCGCCAAAUGACGUCUGAGAAACGAGCGCAGAAAUUCCAUACUGAUGGCGCGUCACUACCCAGAUCUGGGUAGUGCUUCUGAUUGGUUGAAGCGUAUUUCCCAGGCCUUGCGACCAAUGGACCGUUGGUGGCGUCUCAAAAUGUCGUCUGUUUUCUCAGGCUAAAAAUACUGGCUACCAUGCCUAUUGCAGAUAAUUAAUGGCAUUCAGCUUGAUUUUUACGCUUAAGUAUUCAUUUUGAUGAAAAUUCGUGUUAUGUUUCAAGGUAACUGAAACUUAUUAUACACAAAACCAUACAUAAAACAUGGGGAAAUUAAGUAAAAACUACGAUAAUAUUGUACCACACACACACAAAAAAACUAUAAAAUGACAACGACGAGACAACUUCGUUCCCAGGUCUUCUCCUAUUCACAGAAAGACGAGGGGUCCUGGUCGAGGUUGGAGUGAAAAAAAAAUCCGUUCGCUACUUAGCCUAUUCCUGGCUUUCUUCGCUGCUUGCUCGCUUUGUUCACCCAUCCACACUGACCGGCAGCCUGGCACAGGCUAGUAGCUACGCCAUGGCAUUUUAGUUGAUAUAUUGUCAUGUUUAUUAUCUAUGCAGAUGCCGAUUCAAGUCUGGGUUAUUUUGAGUCAAUCAAACGUCGGAAUCCUGAGGCCUACCCGCUUCUCUACACAGAUCUCAUCAUAGACUUUCUUUUUAUGAUCGACAUUUUGAUGAAUUUCCGCACCACUUACGUCAAAGAGGGCGAGGUGCUGAUUACGAAUCCAUGGAAGAUCGCUGUUCAUUACUUAAAGACUUAUUUUGUGGUGGAUUUGGUAGCCGCUAUUCCCUGGGAUCUGCUGGCCAGUUUCAACUCGGGGACAGAGGAGGUCAGUAGGUCAAGACCUUAACGCGAUUUUUCUUAUUUUUGCUUAAAUUUGAGAAAAACCCUCGUAUUUAUGUAUGUUAUUUAACGGAAAGGUCAGGGCCAGGUUGCAUAAAGCCUUCUUAAGAUAAGAGGGCUCGUAACUUUUGUUCUGGAACAAUAAGCUAUUGUUUUGAAAUAAUAGUAACGAGUUCCCUUUAUCUUAAGAUGGUUUUUGCAACCCGACCCAGGCACUCACGGUACUGUCCUUACUUUCUGUUUUAUAAAAGUGACCCCUUAACACAGGUUUGUUGUUGCAUAAAAUAUGAACUAAAUAUGUGCGAGAGAAAUCUAGAGGAGGCAGCGAGGCAGAGCGGUUAGAGCGUUGGACUACAAUUCGGAAGCCAAGUCCAGCUCUGACCUCUAGCUGGAUUUAUUCACGGUAGCUAGUCCCGAGUUCAAAUCCUCGACCACGCUUGUAAAUAGCCAGCUGGUUUGCCUCUGGCCAGUUGGGAUUCUUAACCCUGUUACGUUUGAUUAUAUUUGAAUUAUUUGUUUCGAUCAUUUUCUCGUCCCCACUAGCACAAGUGCUAUAACUACUGCCGAGGGUCAAUAAAGGAAUUAAUUAACUAUUAAAUAAUUAGAUGAGGUGAAAUAGGUAUAAAUAGUUAUUUAGGUGACAAAGUGGAGAUGUGGGAGCAGGUUUCCUAGCAAUUCAUACAUUGCUUUUCAAACCGAUCUAUUUUAAUUAAAUCGACAAUUUUCCUUCGCUACUUUUUUCACGUACCCUAUCAUAUGACAGCGUGCGAGGCUUCUUAGAACACCAUACGUUUUGGCUGUCAAGUAAACCGUUGGAUAGUGGAAGAAGAAGAGAAGCGGGAAACGAACUAGUCGAGCAUGAAACGUUGAGGUGGCGAAAACUGGGCACUGUUUGUAAAGUUCUAUACUUUGACUUCGUAUCGUGUGCGAUUAUACUUCCUGUUGACUUUACCGCAGUAAUAAGUUUGCCCUGGUACUAAUAAAAUUGGCCAUGACUGGCCGGAAAGAAAUAAUAUGCAAUGGGUUAUCUUACCUUUAUGAAAAACGGAGCGGUGAUUCGCUGUUUGGCGUCUGAACCAACUAGUAUAAAUGUACCUUUGUCCGUUUUCGUCGGUCUAAAUUCGAAUUCGGCUUACGGAAAUGUACGACGUUUGUAAUGGGCCCCAAGAAGCACUUAAACUGCAACACUUAUCUUUCAACCGCUAAUACUGCUCCAUUCUCUUGAUUUUGCCAGAACACAAUGUUAUUUAGUCUUCUGAAGACGGCUCGCUUACUAAGGCUGUUUCGUGCCGCAAGGAAACUGGAUCGAAACUACGAGUACAUGACGUCCCUUUUAUUUUUAAUGAUCAUGUUUUUUAUGCUGGUUGCUCAUUGGCUAGCUUGCAUUUGGUAUGCAAUCGGUAAAGAAGAAGCCGCAAAGUACGACGGAUUAUCGUGGCUCAGUAUUCUAAAAUAUCAAAUGGACGUGCCCGUGGCUGAAGAAAACGACGACUCGUCUGCCAUGAUCAGUCUCCGGACGCGGUAUCUGACGUCGCUAUAUUACGUUAUGACCCUGUGCACUACUGUAGGGUUUGGAAAUGUUUCGGCAAAUACAGACGCCGAAAGGAUUUUCUCUAUUUGCUGUAUGCUUAUGGGAGGUUAGUCGUUGCUUCUGUUCUUUCUUUAUGAAUUCAGCUUCUUGAAAACUAUCAAUGCCAGUUCUCAACCACAUCCAAAAGCCAAAGAGUCUAGCCUGAGAAGACAACCGACAUUCCGCGGCGUCACCACAGGUUUUCCCUCAAAAUGACGUCUGAGAAACGAAUGCAGAAAUUCCUUGCUGAUGACGUGUCACUACCCAGGACUGUUAAAAGUGUUUGAUUGGUUUAAGCAAGUUUCUAUCGCGUCACGACCAAUCAGAAGCACAACUCAGAUAUGGGUAGUGACACGUCAUCACUAUUGAAUUUUUGCUGUCCUUCCUCAGACGUCAUUUUGCGGGGAGACAAGUGGUGGGAUCGCGAAAAGUCGGCUAUUUUCUCAGGCUACAAAGACCCCAACCUGACAAGGUCGUCUUUUAGAUGAUGGUAGGGCGUGGGGGAGUGGACUAUGCAGACAUGAUUUUAAGUAUUUAGGCAUCGUUCUUGACGAUAGUCUUAGUUGGAAAGACCAUGUUCAUUAUGUUAUUUCUAAGGUUGGUAAAAGAGUUGGUGUCUUAGGGCGCCUUAGAAGGAAUAUCACUAUACAUCCAGCUUUCGAGAUGUAUAAUUCAUUAAUUUUGCCUAUUUUUGAUUAUUGCGAUGCUGUUUGGUCCAGCUGCAAUAAAGCAGAUAUGGAAAGCCUCGAAAAUCAUAGUUAAAUCUAAAUGUGGUACAACAUCCACGGACUAUCUUAAAUUUCAGCGUUUAGAAGAUCGCCGUAACGCUCAUAUUUUAGGUUUAGUGAAGAGGUGUUUAAAUAAUAAUGUACCACAGUUUUUAAAGAACUAUUUUAAGUUGAAUAAGGAAGUUAUUUCAAGAGAAACAAGAAGAAGCAAUUUUAUAUUCUUACCUGCAGUAAGAACUGAGACCGCCAAGAAAAGUUUUUAUUAUAAUGGCUCAGUUGUGUAUAAUAAUUAUUUAGUAAAUAAGAAUUAGUUUUAAUUGUUAUACUGUACUAUUAUUAACUUAUAGUUACUUAGUUUCUUAUUAUUUAUUUUGAACUUUUUUAUUAGUCUUAAUUUAGGGCUCCUAUUGAUAACAGAUAUACUUUUAAGUAUUCUGAAGGGAUUACCCUAGUUAAAUAAAGGUUUACUACUACUACUACUACAACAUCGAAAAUAUAGCAAGACUUUUUUUAUUUUUAAUCAACGUUUUCGUUUUUGUUAUAAGAGGGAGUUAAAAAAAAUCAUAGUCUUCCACUAUAUAUUUGGUUUUGUAAUGCAGUCGAUUACAGUACAAACCCGCGUUUAAGAACCCACAUUUUAAGUCAGCCAAAAUAGGUUCUUUUUAUACGAAGGAGACGUAGUGUAUUUGCUUACCAGAAAAAUUAGUGAUCUUGGGUUUGGCACUUGAUUUACAGUCUUUUUCACAACUGUAUUACGAUAAGCUUCAAAUAACUGAUUAGAGCUUAUUACGAAAGGUGCAUCUCUCGUGGUACAACAAUUUCUUGUUAUAGAAAUUUGUAAUUUCAAAGUCAAAUUCCUCGGUUAAAAUUUUUAUCAUAAAAUAACUGAAACGGUAACCCUCAUGCAAGAACCUGCUUGAUCUGCCUUGAAUUAACAGGUUCUUUUACUUUUGGUUAUGAACAUGGCAAAUUUCUGCCAGCAGGUUAAACCACUAGCUUUAUACACGGGUGUUUUUACUGUAUUUUGUUUCCUUUUUUUUAGCUGUGAUGCACGCAGCCAUAUUUGGUAAUGUGACAGCCAUCAUUCACGGUCAGUAUUCCAGCAACUUCCGGUAUAGGAAGGAGUCUCUUCAAAUAAACGAAUUCGUUCGUUAUUUCAAGAUUAAGAACCCGCUUGCUCGUAGGCUCAGGGAUUACUCACGUCACACGUGGUCCCAAACCAAGGGAACAGAUAUGGCCAAGGUGAGUAUCAUGUGAUCAGAAAUACUUCCGAAGAGCGCUAACUCGUGCUCAGUAGUAGAAAGGGCAAAUUUCUUUAAACGUAAGGUGUAAAGACUUUCACAUAAGAAAAUUACCUGACAGUUAAUAUUCGCACCUUAGAGCAACUAAACAACUUACAGAUGAAUGUCCGCCGUUUAACAAUAUAUUAUGCGGAUACAAACUCUGUACAAUAUAAUAAUAAAUAGAAGCAGAUCAUACAAAAUUUGCAAUUAUUGGAUGAGGCUGAAAAUGCCUUUGUACCGGCUUCGGCGGAUAACAUCCUUUGAUAUCUGCUUAGUUCUUCCGAGAUCAUACGUCAUAAGACAGGGGAUUUGACGCAAUUAGAAACGGGGAAACGUUUUAAUAAUAACUGAAAUUUGAAUUGUCUCUCUAAAGUAUUUUAGCCACUCGAAUAAACUGAAGGACAGCAACAACAAUAACAACAAAAGCGGACCAUAGCUAAUCAGCUUGCAAAGUUAAUACGAUACCAGAAAUCUAAGUAAACAAUCACGCAGCUGUUGUACCUUGUGGACAACUAAAGGUUAAACUUAAAAAGACAUUUUAGCGAAAACGACAUUUACCUCUCCAGCCACAUAAUUAUUCAAAUUUUGUAGCGUCGAUGCACUUUUUAAUUCCAUAAGGUGCACAAAACGCUGUCGCUGAAGAGAGACCACAUUUUCGUUUUUCGCAGGUUAUGGAAAAGUUCCCCGAUGGUUUACAGUACGAAAUCCAUCUUCAUAUGCACCUGACUGUUUUAUCUGAUUCGUUUCUGUUCAACUGUUUUGACGACAGCUGUUUGAGAGCGCUAGCAAAAAAAAUGCAUCGGCACCAUCAUCUUCCUGGACACCAGAUUCUACACGAAGGUGAUGACAUCGAUUCCGUGCAUCUCGUGAGAAGAGGAAAGAUUGACAUCAUGGUGCACAACAAACAGUGUGGAACGAUAAGUGAGUCUUACCUCUUAAAAUUAGCCAUAGCUUGCACGGUAGUGCACGGCAGCUGUGGAAACAGUACUCUGCGGGUAUCCUGUGCAACGUUAGUUUCCUUUUCAAAGUGUGCAGUGUGCAAGAGCAUGGAGCAAUGUGGGCGGGAAGGGGAAUUGGAGAAGAAGGAAAGGCAUCGUGCUUUGUCGCGCUUUCGGAUGAAAAGGACUGGAAUCAGGUUACAUUUAGAAGGCUUUUCUUGAUUGUUAUUGGUGGGGGUGGGGGGUUGGAAUCCACUGGUAUUUCCGCCGUCCUUUAACCUCAGUCAUACUUUGUUUAGCCCUUCGAAGCUUCCAAACAAAUUAACACCUGUUCUACCUCCCCUGCAGGGCUUCCCAAAAUGUCGUACCCCUCUAAAUUUCUGCUUUCCCUCUCAAGGUCAUAAUAGAUUAAGCGCCCCCCCCCCUCCCCCCCUUGAAGGCUCCAUAGGCUCAAACGUCCAAUAGGUAUCACAGAAAGGUAGUGCUGAAUUAUUGUUAUCUAAAGGGCGACCUGGGCAAAAAAUAAAACCAAUUAUUAUUCAUUCAAAAUAUUUCCCCGAUUCUGAUUGGCUUAAAGCACACGCAUAAUUCACCAUAACCAGUUACUGAUGACCAAAUUUGGAAGAAUUUUGUGUUUAACGAGGAAAUGACGUCAAAAAUGCAGCGUUCUUGCAGGUUAAUGCACCGUUAACCGAGAAGACCUGGGGACGAGGUUGAGUUGUUUUAGAUGUGAAAACAAAAAAUGGCGGACAUUUCACUCGUUUCAAGAGUAAGAACUAGGCGAAAUUAUAACUAAAAACAUGCCAAGAACACAACUCGAAGGGCGUGAUCUGCUAUUUGGAGAAUAUUUGCGGAGCUGAACAACCCCUAAACGUGCACUAUCGAAGGUGAACUUAACAUCGAUGGAGGUAACUAUGUUUUAUCUUUGGUUUUAAACUAGGAAUUAUUUUGAAUGAAUAAUAAAACAAUUAUUGAAUUCGGCUUGCGUAUCAUAUGAAGAAUAAUGGAGAUCUCGGAGGGUGUUAUCCACCUCGGCCUACGGCCUCGACGGAUAACACCCUCCUCGAUCUCCAUAAUUCUUCAUAAGAUACUCAGCUUCAUUCAUUAAUUGUUGAAUAUGUCAUGCUUAACCGUCUUUACCCUUUGUCUCUUCUAGGAGAAGGUGACGCAUAUGGGGCUAGUUUAAGGCAAAUUUCAUCCCGCCCAAGGGCUAAAGUUGCCUUGCGAGCAUCUACUUGUGUGGACUGUCACGUGAUCAAGCUUAAAGACCUUCAUGAUGUCUUGCUGUCAUACCCUGCUGAUCUGCGCACGCAGCUGCUAGAAACAAUGGAUGCUGCUCACCAAAAUGAUUUAUACGAUGAGGUAGUUCAAUCAUAUUUGUCACGAUUUCCCUUUCCCCUUGUUUUCGCUGCGUUUUACAAUCUUACAAAGCCUAUAAUAGAUAGUUAGGUUUUGUCCACUUGCAGACCGACGGAUUAAAUGCUUUUCACCAGUUGCCCUAAUAUGUCACACUUCUAUUUAUGGCGAGCCAACAACUGCUAAAUUCUCCUGAAAAGGAAAAAAAAAUUGGCCGAUAUCCUGUGAGAUAAGGGGUUUAGUCCCUGUUCCCCUUUCCCCGUUUAUUGUUAGACCUUCGGGGUCAUUCUUAGGGAACGGAGAUGACUUUGUCACCGUAUAUUGUUAUCUGGAAUCCAAGACUGUCUUGUUUUACCCUACAUGGGGCGACUUUGAUGUAGUUAGAGGAAGCAUGUUUUAGGUGCAAAGAGUUGAGAAGAUUAAAAUGUCAAGCGACCGGUUUCGAGCUGAUGUUUCUUGAAAAUGUUCGUGGAAACAGUGACCUGCGUGUAGUAUUCUUCCAUUUUCGACGAUGCAGAUCUCUUUGCGGAACGCAAAAGUUAUGGCGGGGGCAGUUCAUGUUAAAAAAGCUGGGCUAACGAUUGAGUGCUGCAUUAUUUAACUGUAGUCACAAAAUUGGUUUUUAGAGUUCUUUUGGUUCUUUUACAGGAUUUAACAAAUGGGAACAUCUAUGAAGCAAACAAGAACGGCUCAAAACCUGGUGCGAAGCGGAAAAAUACCUGUACGCACAAGAAAAACCGCUUAAUUUCGGAUCAGCAAUACGAAAUGAAACCCAUGCUCGGUGUGCGAAGUAGUAAAUUAAUAGAAAAGGCGCCUUCUCUUGGCUCCAGAGAAAGAGUCGGGAACGGGGACCUUAAAAAAUACAAGAGCAUAUCGUCAGUUGACAAUUCAACAGAACUUGCUGGACGCUUUAUCAAUGUAACACAGUUAGCUGACUUAGGUGCUACUGUUAAUGAUGAAAAUGAACAAAUUAUAGAACUGACAGUUGAGGAAGAGGAGAAUGCUGGCGAGGGGGACCUAAGAGAAGAGGCCCCACAGCAUAAACUCAGUGUUGCUAAAUCGAUUUGCGCCGAUUGCAAAACUCAAUUUCAACAUGAUCAGACCGAAGAUUUAGAAGAACGAAUGGAGAAAAUGACAUUAAAUAUGAAGAGACUAGAGAGUCGAAUGGAAACUCUGAUAGCUCUACUUGAAAGGAGUGGAAUUCCUAACACAUCUGCUGGCCAGGAAAGAGACUCAUGCCAAUUUAGAGAACGCACAACUUCAGUCUAA